AAACGCAUGAUGACUGCAUCAUCGCUGUUGUCUGCCCUCGUGGUGGCGACCUGUGCUGCUCUUCUGCCAUUCUCUGCUGCUCAAGGUAAGAACCCAUUGUCUGGUACAGGGGACACAUUAUAUGCUGAAUAUGUGACACUGUUAAUGUCAACAGUUCUGUAAGUUGCUUUGGACAGUUUUUAUAGUAGCAUUAAAUGUACAGUACUUGUUGUUUUUGAGCUAAUCUCUCCCUAUUCCUGUGGUUCCAACCUGCAGCCAGUUGCAGUGCUAGAUGUGGUGAGCCGUUUGCUCGUGGCCAGCCCUGCCUGUGUGACGCCAGCUGCCUCGCUCAUGACGAGUGCUGCAAGGACUUCGAGGCUCUCUGCACUUCCGGUAAGACUGAUGCUAUUACCAUGUCAUUACUAUGUCAUUAUUUCAAAGUCAUUAGGAUGGUUAUUCAUCAAACAGUCUGUAUAUAUGCAUGAAUGUAAACAUGUGUUGAUGUACCUGAAACUCACACUAUGUGACAGGCCAAGUCAUCCAUCAAUGGUGUAGUAGACAGGACCAAAGUCUGUGUGUUGGUGAAUUUCAGGGUCUAUUUCUUCUCAUGCUGGCGAUUCGUGCAGUGGUAGGUGUGGUGAAUCGUUCAGACGAGGCAGGCUUUGUGAGUGUGACCCGGGCUGUGUCCACUACGACACCUGCUGCCGCGACUACCAGAACCACUGCGGUACGACCAACAGCUAUUUUUAUGAAGACUCAUUACAACACUUCGUCAUGAUAUCUGAUAGUUAGUUCAACUUAACCAAGACAAUACAACCAGUAAUCAGUAAUCCAUUAAACCCAUCUGUCCCACAUAGAACAUGUCUAAAGAACAAUGCCUAUGUAGUUAAUGAUUUAUAGUGAGUUUAAUAGAGUGAUGGGUCGGACCAUUUACUAAUCAUAUACUAAUCGUUUUUGAAAAUAUGUGCACUAAUAUCACCAUAUCAAACUUUCUUCCGUUUUAGAUGCCACUACAAUUCCAACACCAACCCAGAGGAUCAAGCAGGAUGCCAAGAAAAAGCCAACAGGUUCAGUUACUGUCUUUGUAGCAAAGUAACUGCAUUGAUCAACAGAGCUUGUCUACCCUGAUCAUAGGCCAAACUGUCUCAAUGCUAGGUUAGAGUGUCAUUUUAAACAGUAUAAACUUUAUCUCAUUCAAAUGAAUUCUGUUUAGCGCCGGCCAAGAACAAAUCCUCCAGCAAGACAGAACUGACGAGUCCCACAUUUCCCAAGAAACCUUCAAACAGCAAGAGUGAGGAAGGCAGCCAAGGUACGUGUGUACCUGCCUGGUUGUGUGUUAUAGGUGGGGCCCUGAGUUUUUCCUAAAAACUCAAGGCCUCAGUUAUGUCUUUCCAAGGGCUGUGGGAUAACACCCACGUUUGUAACGCCAGGGUUGUGGGUUCGAUUCCCACGGGGGGCAAGUAUGAAAAAAUAAACAAUAAUAAUAAUAAUAAUAAUAAUAAUGUAUGCACUCACUAACUGUAAGUCACUCUGGAUAAGAGCGUCUGCUAAAUUACUAAAAUGUAAAUGUAAAUAUAAAGGUUUCAGAAUCCUACAAUAGGCUGAGGGAUAAUAGGCAGUGGCUAUCAACUAAUUCAAACCAAAGCAAUGCUUGUUGACUGGAAGAGCAGCUAGCCUUCAUCUGGUUAUGUGUUGAUCAGUGACCGACUGACUGCAUGUGAUAAUCCAACCCAUAAUAGGCCUCUAUAAGCUAUCGAUGUAUGGAGGUCAGAUGAGAUGAAAGCAAUAACUGUACUGUAACAUGCAACAGUUUCCAGGGGCUGAGACGGUCUGUCUGCCCUCUGGGUCUCAGAACACAAAAGUUGAUCAUUUCUGGUAUUUCUGUUGUGCUUUCAGACCAGAGCAAGCCCACAUACCCCUCUCCGUCCGACCUCUUCCCUGAGACUCAGUACUAUGGUAAGUUUAGCGUAUUGGGGGUGCUCUUGUCCAUCAUUGACACUAUCAGAACACCGCAGCUGAGAAAUGUAGAGAUUGAGGACUUUGUCAACAUACAAGGAGCUUAUGCUGGGCAACAAUUGAUUAAGAAUUACAACUACAUGCUAGAAUCAGUCAGUCAUUUUCAUGCUUUAGAGUUUUUUUAUGGUAGCCUACCCUGUGGAUUCCUGUAACCUGUAUGUGUGUUUCUCACAGACACCAACAGCCCUUACCCUGGAUCCAGCAGCUCUAAGAGCCAGAGUGACAUAUCUCCUUUCUCUGAGGACCCAGCUUCCCCUUUGAAACCUGGCUUUUACCUUCUGACUGACAGCUUCAAUGGCCCCUCCUCCACAGCCCCAGACACUGUCAUGGAUGGUGAGAGUUAGACAGUUGUGAAACAUACCGUAUGGUCAAGUGUUUGAUGAAAGUAUUGUCUGAGAAAGUGACAGAACGGCUAGUUAUUGUUUAUGUUUUGAGGUAGUCAAGAGCGACAAGGGCAAAGCACUUUAUGCAUCUCAGUAGGCUCAGGAGGAGUCCCAUGUUUUCUCUGAGUGCUGAUGCAUUGUGUAGUCUAUUGUAUACCUGCUUGUGUUUGUUUGUUUGUAUGUACUAACGUCCACCAUCUUGCCCCCUUAUCUCCUGUGAAGCCUUGAGUGAUGCAGCCACCAGUCUCUUGGAGGACAUCUCCCCCAUUCUCCCUACACCCAUGGCUGCCACUCCCUUUGCCCUGCCUUCCCUCAUCGGUCAGCUCCCUGGAGCUGCUAAGUUCCCAUCCUCUGGCUCGCCCUGGCCCAGCCAGGGUGGCCCCAUGGCGAGUAAUGCUGGCCCCGGGGACCCGUCGUCUGGAGCUCCCCUGCUCCCCACUUUGGCAGAUAUCACCAAGGCCUUGGGGCUCAACAACCCCAUCACUUUGGCAGACAUAGCCAAGGCCUUGGGGGUCAACACUCCCAACGACCCCAUCACUUUGGCAAACAUAGCUAAGGCCUUGGGGUUCAACAACUCCAACGACCCAAACCCCCCCCAAAACCACAACAACCCCAGCUCUCUGGCAGACAUAGCCAAGGUCAUGGGGCUUAACUCCCCCAAUGACCCCAUCACUUUGGCAAACAUAGCCAAGGCAUUGGGGUUCAAGAACCCCAACUAUCCUAACCCCCCCCCCAAACCCCAACUCUCUGGCAGACAUAGCCAAGGCCUUAGGGCUAAAUAGUCCCGAUGACCCCAUCACCUUGGUAAACAUAGCCAAAGCCUUGGGGUUCAAGAACCCCAACUAUCCUAAACUCCCCCAAAACCCCAACAACCCCAGCUCUCUGGCAGACAUAGCCAAGGCCUUAGGGCUCAACAGCCCCAACUACCCAAUCACUUUGGCAAACAUAGCCAAGGCCUUGGGGCUGAACGACCCCAACAUUCCUAAAACCCCCCAAUACUCCAACGAACCCAUCACUUUGGCAGACAUUGCCAAGGCCUUAGGGCUCAAAACCCCCAACAGCCCCAUCACUCUGGAAGACAUAGCAAAGGCCUUAGGGCUAAAAAAAAACAAAGACCCCAUCACUUUGGCAAACAUAGCCAAGGUCUUGGGGCUCAAUGACCCCAGCACUCUGGCAGACAUAGCUAAGGCCUUAGGCUUCAAAUACCCCAAUGACCCUAAACCCCCCCAAAGCCCCAACUCUCUGGCAGACAUAGCCAAGGCCUUAGGGCUCAACAGCCCCAAUGACCCAAUCACUUUGGCAAACAUAGCCAAGACCUUGGGCCUGAACAACCCCAACAAACCCAUCAACCUGGCAGACAUAGCCAAGGCCAUGGGGUUGAAUGAUCCCAGCACUUUGGCAGACUUAGCCGAGGCCUUGGGGGUCAAGAACCCCAACAAACCCAUAACUCUGGCAGACAUAGCCAAGGCUUUGGGAUUAAACAACCCUAAACCCCCUCAAAACCCCAACACUCUGGCAGACAUAGCCAAGGCCUUGGGGCUCAACGACCCCAACAAACCCAUCACUCUGGCAGACAUAGCCAAGGCUUUGGGGCUCAAUGACCCCAGCACUCUGGCAGGCAUAGUCAAGGCUUUGGGGGUCAAAAACCCCAAUGACCCUAAGAAACCCCAAAACCUCAACAGCCCCAACAUUCUGGCAGAUAUAGCUAAGGCCUUGGGGCUCAAUGACCCCAACAAACCCAUCACUCUGGCAGACAUAGCCAAGGCCUUGGAGGUCAACAACCCAAAAAAACACAACAAAGGUCUACCAGGUAGGGAUCUCAGAUUAGAUACUAUGUAAUGUAUCUCCGUCAUUCACAUUUGGGAUGUCUGCUCUGUUGUGAUGUAUAGUACAGCGUCAAUUGAUUAAAAUAAAUAUGCAAUCAGUGUCAAGUAGAUAUUUAGCUAUUAUACAGUAAGCUAUAUGUAUUAUUUAAUACAAUAAAUGACAACACCUAAAUAUUGGCUUCUACCUACACGGCUGUAUCCUCUUUCCUCUAGAUGCCAACAGUAACCCAGACCUCUGCAGUGACCUGCCCAUCAACGGACUGACCACUCUGGCCAACGGAACCAUUCUCAUUUUCAAGGGUGUGUAGAGCAUAGUGAUCUAGCUCAUGCCCAGCACUGUCCUACACAGCGCUCUCCCAUCUCACUUAUUACUUAGUGAUUAAAUAUUUAUGAAGGUCAUGUAGCUUUUCCAAAGCAGCAUAAAAAAAAUAUAUAUAUAUACUUGAUACAUUAUCUCCUAAUGAUUGUUGUUCUGUUUCCCCCAACCAGGUCAUUUCUUCUGGACGAUGGACCCCAGCACCAAGGCCCUUGGCCCAGCCCGCAACAUCACAGAGGAGUUGGGCAUUCCGUCCCCUAUCGACAGUGCCUUCACCCGCACCAACUGCCAGGGCAAGAGCUACAUCAUCAAGGUACUGUAGAACUCCAGAGGAAAAACCUAGAACCUGAGAGAAGUUCAGAGGGUUGGGGCAGUAGAGAUGCCUUGGUGGAACCUAAUGGCAACACUUAAUGUCCCCAUCUCUUUUCCAUGUCAGGGUGAUGGCUACUGGAGGAUGGACAACGGCAAGAUGGAGCCUGGUUACCCCAAAUCUGUUGCCUCUGGUUUUGAUGGUCUGACUGGCACCAUCACUGCAGCCCUGUCUGUGCCUGCUACCAGGAGAAGGCCUGAGUCUGUCUACUUCUUCAAGAAAGGUUAGGGAGAGCUUUGAGGUUUACCACUACCUAACCUACUCCCAUUGCGUUACAUGAUGAGUCACACCAAUGUGCUUGCUUUACUCAAUCCUAAUUGACAAUUUAUUUCUCUCACAGGAGGCACCAUGCAGAAAUACUCCUACCCUGCUGGAAGCAGCCCUGUCUGUGGCAAGAAAUCCAAGUCCAGUGCAAAGAAACGCCACGCUCGGCAAGCAGAGGUGCGUUUGGGAGGAGAGAUCAACAUCAAGCUGUCUCUGAAAGGCUUCCCCUCCUCAGUGACCUCAGCUGUGUCUGUCCCCAGCCCCAAGAAGGCUGACGGAUACGAAUAUUUCCUCUUCGCUGGACGUAAGUCUUGGUCAAUGUAUUGUAAAUCAAAUCAAAUGUUAUUUGCCACAUGCUCCGAAUACAACAGGUGUAGACCUUACAGUGAAAUGCUUACUUUUCUAGCCCUUAACCAAUAAUGCAGUUUUAUGAAAAUAAGAAAGAGUGUUAAGUAAAAAAUAGGUAAGUAAAAAAUUUAAAUAGCAAAUAAUUAAAGAGCAGCAGUAAAAUAAAAUAACAGUAGGGAGGCUAUAUACAGGGGGUACCGGUACAGAGUCAAUGUGCGGGGGCACCGGUUAGUCGAGGUAAUUUAGGUAAUAUUUACAUGUGGGUAGAGUUAAAGUGACAAUGCAUAGAUAAUAAACAGAGUAGCAGCAGCGUAAAAGAAGGGGUGGAUAGUCCGGGUAGCCAUGAUUAGCUGUUCAGGAGUCUUAUGACUCGGAGGUAGAAGCUGUUAAGAAGCAUUUUGGACCUAGACUUGGCGCUCCAGUACCGCUUUCCGUGCGGUAACAGAGAGAACAGUCUAUGACUAGGGUGGCUGGAGUCUGACCAUUUUUAGGGCCUUCCUCUGACACCGCCUGGUAUAGAGGUCCUGGAUGGCAGGAAGCUUGGCCCCAGUGAUGUACUGGGCCGUACGCACUACCCUCUAUAGUGCCUUGAGGUCGGAGGCCGAGCAGUUGCCAUACCAAGCGGUGAUGCAACCAGUCAGGAUGCUCUCGAUGGUGCAGAUGUAGAACUUUGAGGAUCUGAGGACCCAUGCCAAAUCUUUUCAGUCUCCUGAGGGGGAAUAGGCUUUGUCGUGCCCUCUUCACGACUGUCUUGGUGUGUUUGGACCAUGAUAAUUUGUUGGUGAUGUGGACACCAAGGAACUUGAAGCUCUCAACCUGUUCCACUACAGCCCCGUCGAUGAGAAUGGGGGCAUGCUCGGUCCUUCUUUUCCUGUAGUCCACAAUCAUCUCCUUUGUCUUGAUCACGUUGAGGGAGAGGUUGUUACCCUGGCACCACACGGCCAGGUCUCUGACCUCCUCCCUAUAGGCUGUCUCAUCGUGGCAGAUGUGUUGUUACCUACCCUUACCACCUGGGGGCGACCCAUCAGGAAGUCCAGGAUCCAGUUGCAGAGGGAGGUGUUUAGUCCCAGGGUCUUUAGCUUAGUGAUGAGCUUUGAGGGCACUAUGGUGUUGAACGCUGAGCUGUAGUCAAUGAAUAGCAUUCUCACGUAGGUGUUCCUCUUGUCCAGGUGGGAAAGGGCAGUAUGGAGUGCAAUAGAGAUUGCAUCAUCUGUGGAUCUGUUGGGGCAGUACGCAAAUUGGAGUGGGUCUAGGGUUUCAGGGAUAAUGGUGUUGAUGUGAGCCAUGACCAGCCUUUCAAAGCACUUCAUGGCUGCAGACGUGAGUGCUACCGGUCGGUAGUCAUUUAGGCAGGUUAUCUUAGUGUCCUUGAGCACAGGGACUAUGGUGGUCUGCUUGAAACAUGUUGGUAUUACAGACUCAGUCAGGGACAUGUAGAAAAUGGACAUUAUGUACAGGCAGUAUCAUUAUGUAAUGUACAUCUGAUAUCUCGGUUAUAUCAUGGAAAUAGGGUUAUUACAGUUCAAAAGACAGCGCCUUAAUGUAUAUAAUAUAUAAUAUAAUAUGCCAUUUAGCAGACGCUUUUAUCCAAAGCGACUUACAGUCAUGCGUGCAUACAUUUUUGUGUAUGGGUGGUCCCGGGGAUCGAACCCACUACCUUGGCGUUACAAGCGCCAUGCUCUACCAGCUGAGCUACAGAGGACCACAAUGUACUGUAUACAUAUACACAUUUAAGAAAUGUAUUAUAUUCUUACGCUGAUGCUGCGUUUGACAGUGUAUAAAACAUUAAAAACACCUGCUCUUUCCAUUACAAACUGACCAGGUGAAAGCUAUGAACCCUUAUUGAUGUCACUUGUUAAAUCCACUUCAGACAGUGUUUAUGAAGGGGAGGAGACAAGUUAAAGAAAAAUAUGUAAGCCUUGAGACAUUGAUUGUAUGUGUGCCAUUCAGACGGUGAAUGGGCAAGACAAAGGAUUGAAGUGCCUUUGAACCACAUGCAGCCAGUGGCACCUUAAUUGGGGAGAACACAUGGAAACCACCACUCCAUUCCAGCCAUUAUUAUUGACGGCGAGGAAAUAUAAUACAUUUUAAGUGUCACCCUUCGGACUUCAGUGAAGACCGAAUGCGGCCUGCGGGGAAAAUGAGUUUGACACCCCUGACUUGGAGAGAAACAGAAUAUGCUAUGUGUAAAUGACCUGUCACACGGGAUAAAACAAAUACUAAAAUGUCAAAAUGCUCAUCUAAAAGCAAAUGCAAAAAGGCCCUGUUAUUCUGUUGGAAAGGUAGUUAUUAAAUCAACAUACUAACAUGAACUCAAAUCCCUUUUAGCGCUCUACUUCAACAUCAAGAUAUCUGGUGACCUGCCUGCUCUGGCCAAACCAGACAACCCUGAUCCCAGCCAGAACUCCAUCAAGAACUGGCUCAAGUGUGCCUAG